CAUCUUUAUCCGAACAAAAUGACAAAUUUUAUUCUAAAAUUAUUUGUACUAGCCUUGCUAGUUGCAGUUUCAAGAACUGUUGUGGCAGAAACUAGCGCAAAGUUGGAAGAGCUUGUUCGUGAUCUUCAUUUAAGGUUGAACGCGAUGUCCCUGGAAAGCAACGAACAAAUCGAGCAAUUGAUAGUCGAGCAACAAGCGCUGCGGCAAUCGAUGGACCAACUAUCUUGGAUUGUUGGCCACGUUGAGGAGUCCAUGAAGGUUUUGGAAAUCAAUCAGGCAAAUAUUGUGGGAAAUCUAUCUCACGUGACUAAUCAAUCAGAUACCAUAAUGGCCAACCAGCAUUUCUGUGCCAAUCAUGACGCUUUGAGAGAUUUGUACUUUGAACUGAUUCCGAGAUGUCAAGGACCUAUGCUGCCACCAGUUACCUCGGAGAGUCCACUGCCAACCUCAACGCUACCUUCUACUACCGAGCACUCUACGGAAAUAACAACCAGUUUGCCACAAACCACCCCAACUAGUACUACACCAGAAACAACAAGUACCGCCACGAAUCCCAUCCCAACUAGUACUACGCAGAUGCCAGCAACUAGUACUACAUCGACACAAGCAACUAGUACUACACUGGAACCUACAUCAACCACCCCAACUAUUAAACCUACAACAACGUGCAAACCAAAAACUUCUAGUACCACACCUAAUCCCAACCCAACCCUAGAUUCCUCUUGCAAGAACGCCACUACUUCCGGCGUUCACACCAUAACCCUCAAAAGCGGUGCCACCCUAGAGGCACUCUGUCAAAUGGAUCGCCACGGAGGUGGCUGGAUGGUGUUUCAGAGUCGGCUGGACGGCACUGUCAACUUCAACCGUAGUUGGGUCGACUACCGGAACGGGUUCGGCGAUGCUCGCGGCGAGUAUUGGCUCGGGUUGGAAAGCCUCGUGCAGCUAACGCUGCAAGAUUCGGAGCUUCUGAUCGAGAUGGAGGAUUUUGGGGGGAUCGCGGCUUACGCGAGGUAUAACUACAUCAAGGUGGAGGACGAGACGUUAGGGUACAGGUUGAGGUUGGGAUCGAUCUUUACGGGGACGGCUGGGGACGCGAUGGGAAGGUACUUUGAUGCGGCGUUUGCGACGGUUGAUUUGAGGGGAGGAAGCUUUCCGGAAUGUGCUGAAACGUUGGCCAGUGGAUUUUGGCACUACGAUUGUGGUAAUAGUAUUUACAGAAAUAACUUAAACGGAAUCUACGGUCACGGAAAGGGACAGCAAGGCAUUUGGUGGGGAACUUUCAACGGUGCAGUGAAUCAGAAUCGAUCGCCACUGAAAACGGUUCGAAUGAUGAUUCGAGAACUUUAGUUUGUGUGACAAUUUUUCCAAACACCCAAAUAAAUGAAUGUAAUAAAGCACCUGUUUGGACACAGAACAAACAUCAGUCAGCCCUGAGGCAAAAGAAGAGGCCGCAAAUGUCCAAGUGAGAAAGGUAAACAAAACCGAAUCGAAAUUUCUCACAUUAGGCAAGCAAACAAGGGGAACUGCCUCUGUCAUCUGAGCAAAUACAUGUCCUUCUGUUAUGUCACUGGAAAGUUUUGUUUACUUUGAGGGGUCCAACUGGUCAAAUUGUUUGUACUGAGCGAAAUUGUUUGAAAAUAGGGUUUGGUGAAAAGAUAUUUGAAAUCUC